AUCCAAAGCCAUGGUUCUAGCCUCUUGCUGUCACUUGGCUCUCUCUGAGCUAACCUUCCUAGGAACAAUAAGCAGCAAAAGGCACAAGGGCGACGCUGAUACCAAUACAAAUACCAUAGGGUUGUUGUAAAGUGGCGCGACACGAAAAAGUACAUGUAGGGAGCAAGCUGAGAAACAUGGAUGAGGAAGAGGUCCAUAUCGCAGUUGGGAAGAACUCAAAAAAGGAGAAAGCCAACAUACUAUGGGCUGCUGCCAAUUUCCCCAGGGCCACCAUAGUUCUUGUCCAUGUUCACUGGCCCUCCAAGUGGAUGCCUUUCAUGGGUGGCAGAGUGCUAUACAAGUUCGCUGAUGAGAAGGAGAAGGAGAUGCAUAGAGGCAGAGAAAUGAAAGUAAUGGUCAAUAUGUUAUCACGAUACAAAAAUCUGUGCGGGACGAGAAAGGUUACCGCACAUUACCUUACACAUGAUGACAUUGUUGCCGGUGUUGUGAACCUGAUAAAGAAACUCAAAAUUAAGAGAAUCAUCAUCGGUUCAAGGAACAUGUCAAGGCAGGUGGUGCUUCGCCAGUGCUGUCAGGUUUGGAUGGUACUCAAUGGCAAACACAUCUCCACCAGCAAUGAUCACCUGGAGCACAGUGAAAAUAUAGGAUAUGGAGGGAGCUCAGGUAUUUUAGCAUCUAUACAUGAGCUAGGUGAGGAAUCUGAUGGCUAUGUGACACCACCAACUGAUCUUGUAGACGAAAUCAUUGAUGAGGAGUCAACUGAAAUGAAUGACUCCGAUCAAUUAGUAACGGAAGAUGAAACAUUGACUGAACAAGGCACAGAGGAAUCAGUCACUUCUGAAGAGAUGGAAGACUUUUUUGAAGGGGGUGCUGAUCAAUCUGACGAGAUACAGAGUUUCAGAAACAUUACUGAAAAGGCUGAAAAAAUCAUGGAGGAAAUAGAAAGACUGCAAAAUAAACUGAAACAGCUGCAAGGACAGGAGCAUAAUCAUGACGAGAGGAACUUGUCACCUAGACAAAUGGCUGCUUCACUGAAGCGGAAGAGUUUGUCAGAACCUAGAUACCCAGAGCUGCAAAUUCCAGAGAACAUCGAGCAAUUCUCGAUGUCGCAAAUUGAAAAAGCGACCGACAACUUCCACUCAAGAAAUUUCAUCGGGGAAGGAGGUUAUGGCCCAGUUUACAAAGGGAAACUAGGUGGCACAUCAGUGGCCAUCAAGCUGCUGAAGCCUCGUGGUAGACAAGGUUUCUCAGAGUAUCAGCAAGAGGUGGUGGUGCUGAGCAAAUUGGAGCACCCGCACAUCGUGAGGCUGAUUGGCGUGUGCCCGGCGUCGUGCGGCCUGGUGUACGAGCACCUCCCCAACGGCACCCUCAUGGACAGGCUCUCCAAGGGCCUCCUGUGGAAGGAGCGCGUCAGGAUCCUCGCCGAGCUGCGCUCAGCGCUGGCGUACCUCCACUCCAGGCGGCCCCACGCCGUCAUCCACGCCGACCUGAAGCUGACCAACAUCCUCCUGGACGCCGGCAACGCGAGCCGGCUGGGGGACUUCGGGACGGCGCGGGCGGUGCACGUGAAGCCGCUGGAGGAGGAGACCAUCAGCCGGCGCACGAACCCGAUGGGCACGACGGGGUACAUGGACCCCGUCUUCUUCAUGACCGGCGAGCUCACGACGGAGUCGGACGUGUACGCGUUCGGCAUGGUGAUCCUGCAGAUGCUCACGGGGCUGCUGGACCUCAACAUCGCGGAGCAGGCGCGCGAGGCCGUGAAGAUGGACGCCGUGCACAGCGUGCUGGACGCGUCCGCCGGACCCUGGCCGGAGGUGCAGGCAGAGAAGCUGAUGAAGCUGGCGCUGAGGUGCUGCAGCCUGGAGAGGAAGCGGCGGCCGGCGAUCACGUCCGAUGCCGAGUGGAGAUCGCUCGACAUCCUACGGGCUAUGGCAACCCCAUCUAGUAAAGCAUCAUGGAAAUGGAAUUCCCAUGCGAGCUGAACAAACUGUAAUAAUGUACAGUAUGCACCUCCUAGUAUAUAUGUACGUAGUAUCUUGCUGCAGAUGCCAUGAAAAUUGAAAACAGUAGUGUUAGCUAGUAGUAAUUCUCUUGUGAUUAGAUAAGCAUGAUCCAAGAAUUAAUGUGCAUUAUUAGGAUAUAAAUAUUCAGGAGUACAGUAGCACAAACAGAAGAUGCAGAUCAUGCUAGAUGCAGCAGCAAUUGGUUAACCAAGAUAAUGAUGGUGCACCGUAAUUUUUGGGAAAACUGCACCUAAUUUUGUUCA